AUGCUGCUGACGCUGUAUUAUAUGGCUACCAAUUGGUUUCAAUCAUAUAGAUUAUCAAAUAUAAAAUCAAAUUUUAAAAAAUACCUUUCAAACAAUUUGACUCUAGUGCUAUACAAAGAAAAGGAUUUUUUAGGAUUAGACAACGAAAACCUGUGCAAUAAAAAAAAUGGUGAUAUAUUCCUGUCCAUAAGACCUUAUGGCAUUACUUCAGACAGUUGCAAAGAUGCUAGGUCCGCUCAGCUUGAUCAGAUCCUGUCGUUUGUUGGGCAUAAAAGGUCAUGUUCAGUUUUCCCCGAGCAAAUAUUGAAUGUGGAUAGUUGGAUUCUUAUUCCAAAUAACCCUAUUACAUUUCCUGCACUCUUGAAUACACACAAGCCAAUAACUUUAAGUCUAGAAACAAAACUUCAUUUAUUGGUUGAAGCCACUUACAGAAUGUUCAAUGGUCGUCAAAACAUGGAGAAAUGUUUCAUUGAAGAUUUUGGUGUGCCUAAAGCAUGGAAUGCCGGGGAAAAUUUUGGUCUAUUGUUGGAAACUGAUCUGGAUCAUUUUGCUAAGCUUACCAGUAGUUUUAUGGCUGAUUCAAAAUCACUAUAUCUGGGAAACCAUAUGGAAUUACUACGAAUACAAACUGUAAAAGUUGAAGGUCAACCGUGUGAUAUUGAAAAUAAUGAAUCAAUUGCUUCUAGUAUUGACUUUGUUUAUAGUUUACAUGAUAAUUAUGGUAUUAUCAACAAUUUAACAACUGUUCAGUGGAAAAACUACUGUGACACACUUUAUGCUGUAUCUGUGGCUGCAAAAAAUGUAUUAAAAACUGGAAAACCUAUUAACUUUUGUUCAGCAGUAUUGUCAAGAGAAGCUGAUAAUGAAAUAAAUAUGGACGAUUAUGUUGUUAUUGAAAAUGAACAAGAUGAAGUUGACAGCACCAUUGUAAAAAAUGUUAUAUCAGAAAAUUUUACUGAGAGUAAAAUUGAGAGUAACAUUGAUAAGAACACUAUUCCUGAACUGGAAAUUCCAAAAGAUAAUCACUUACAAUAUGUUCAAUUUAACAAUGGAUUAAAUGGAAAAUCAAAUAGUGAAUAUGAUUAUGAGAGUGCUUCAACUAGUUCCAGUGAGUCUAUUAGUUUUCGAAGAAUAGUUCUCACGCCGAUUGAAGAAAAUGAAACAAAAUUUUCAAGCGGGAUGAAACCAAUUAAAAGUAGUCCUGAUGUGUUUGGGAUAUAUAGUAACUCUUUAAAUUCUUCAAUGAUGAGAAGUCAUCGAUCAUUUUCCGAUUUUAGUAACAGUAUUGAAACAAGACCUCGAUGUCAUACACCGGUACAACAUAGUGGUGAAUCAAAAACUGGAAAACCACCAAAUAUUAUUAUAUUUAGUGACAGUGCUUCCAGCGCACAACAAAUUCAGCAUUCAUUGGAGUCAGUCUUGCAUAGAUACAGGUACACAAUCUAUACUUUGAGCUUAGAUAAAAUGCUUCAUUCACCAUGGACGUCGCAGGCCACAAUGGUAGUUGUGUACGGUGCUGUACCUGAUGAACUUUAUCCAUUACUUGAGCAAUACCUGUUAACAGAAGGGGGCCGAAUCUUAUGCCUGUGUUCUGAUUUUCUUGGAACACUGCUCCCAACUGCUUUUAGUACAGCUGAAGUGUGUUCUGAUGACAUAGUCAGCUUCACGUACCGUCCAUUGUCCAUGCGAACAUCUCUCUUGCACCAUGUUCUCUGUUAUCAACCCAGCAUACCCAAUAAUGAUCAUUUUCCAUCAGAAAACGGUGUUAAAGAAGACAGAAAUUUAGACAUUGUGGAUAUGUUUGAUACAAACAACAAGCAUCAUACCAUUGACAUCGAAGUUCUGGCUGCCGAAGAUACCUGGGAAACGCCAAGUUUAAUUUUAGCAACAGCUCCAUCCGGAGGAAAAGUCAUUUUCUCUCAAGUACAUUUGGAAAUCGAUCCUCAUCAAAACGGAGAGUGCCGUUCAACUACCGAGGAUAGAUAUCUAUUAAUUAAAGAUUUGUUGAGCACCCAUUUGGGACUGGAUUGUGUGUCCUGUGAUCAAGAACCAAAACACACGCCCGCUUAUUUACUAGGAACUGAAAAUGAUAAGGUUACAUUUUUAACUUCUUUAAAUGGAAAAGUAUCGAAAAAUAAUGUGUUAUUAUUGAAAGACUUAAAAGUUCAGUUUUGUACAAAAGAUGAAAUGUGUAUUGGAGCUAGUGAAUACUCCAUUCCUGUAAUUUGCAAUGAUUUCCCAAUGAACUUCAGUGGAGAAGAUUAUUUCAAAGAUCUCCAUACUGAAGAAUUAGGACGCCUAGUAAUAUUUGGAGAAGUCAUGUCAUCUUCCAUGAAGCUCUUAACCGAUCCAAUAUCCAGGCAUGGGCUUGUAGUCAUUCCAAAACAACAAAUUUCUGGAAUUGGUAGAGGCGGUAAUAAAUGGUUGAGUCCAAGUGGCUGUGCCAUGUUUUCUGUACAGUUGCACAUUCCGUUUGAUUCAAAGCUUGGUCAGAGACUAGCAUUGCUACAACAUGUUGUUGCAUUGUCAGUUGUUUCAGCCAUAUGUUCACUGCCCGGUGGCUAUGAUAAACUUGAUCUCGGUCUAAAAUGGCCAAAUGAUAUAUACGCUGGAGGAAAUGCAAAAAUUGGUGGUUUAGUCAUCAGCAGUUCUGCCGCUGGAAACACAGCCAUCUGUUCUAUUGGAUGUGGUGUAAAUUUAAAUAACAAUUUACCUACCACUUGCAUAAACGACAUUAUCAUUGAACAUAAUGCAAAUACUCAAAGUCAACUUAAAACAUUGACUUAUGAACAAUAUUUUGCCACUGUAUUUACCGAACUCGAAAGGCUAUUGAAUCAAGUUCAAAAUGGCAAUGUAGACAUUAUAUUUGAUCUUUACUACAAAUAUUGGCUUCAUAGUAAUACUGUAGUAACAGUGCUUCGACCAAACAAAUCGUCAUUCAAAGCCACGGUGAUAGGACUAGAUGACCAUGGAUUUCUGAGGGUUCGUUCAGAAGAUGGAGACAUUAUAGAUGUCAGACCGGAUGGAAAUUCGUUUGAUAUGCUUGCUGGUCUCAUAGCCCCAAAAUAA